AUGCGUAUUUGUUCUUGGAAUAUAAAUGGUCUUCGCUCAUUACGACAACCAUUACGAACUGUACUUGAACAGCUUAAUUGUGAUAUAAUAUGUUUUCAAGAAACGAAAGUUACGCGUCAAGCUCUUGCUGAAACAUAUGCUCGAAUCGAUGGUUAUCAUACAUUUUAUAGUUGGUCUCGACUUCGACAAGGUUAUUCUGGUGUAGCUAUUUUUUGUAAAAAUUUUCUAACACCAAUUCGAGCUGAAGAAGGACUUGCUGGAAAAUUACAUACAACAAUUGAUGAUAGUUUAGGUGGUGAAUAUCCUUCGAUGGAUGAAAAUGAUCUUUUAGCAAUUGAUAGAGAAGGUCGUGCAAUUAUGACCGAACAUGAACUUGAAGAUGGUACAAGUCUCGUUGUUAUUAAUGUUUAUUGUCCUCGUGUUGAUAGAGAUAAACCUGAACGAUUAACUUAUAAAUUAAAUUUUUUUUCUGCAAUUGAACAACGUGCUAAAUAUUUUUUAGAACGUGGCUGUCGUGUUAUUGUUGUUGGUGAUCUUAAUGUUUCUCAUAAACCAAUUGAUACAUGUGACCCAGGAGAAGAUCUUAAUUAUUUUAAUUCUAGUCCAUCACGUCUUUGGUUUUCAAAAUUUAUUAAUAAUGAUAUUUUUAUUGAUACAUUUCGUUAUUUACAUCCAGAUCAACGUGAAGCUUAUACAUGUUGGGAAACAUUAUCAAAUGCUCGAGUUAAUAAUUAUGGUGUACGAAUUGAUUAUAUUCUAUGUGAUGGUAUUGUAUCAAAAUUACAUCUUGUUAAUUGUGAACUUCGAAUUGAAAUUGAAUCCAGUGAUCAUUGUCCAGUUAUUGGAGAAUUUAAUUUUAUAUUUAAAGAUCAUUCACAAAGAAAACCACCAUCCAUAUGUACAAAAUUUUGGCCAGAAUUUAAAGGUACACAAAUGAAAUUAAAUCAAUUUAUUGUUAAAACGAAACGUAUACGUGAUGAAGAAAUCAUUAUUGAUGAUAAUAAUAAACCUCCAUCAAAAAAAAUCAAAUCAGAUCAAUCAUCAAUUUUUCAACAUUUCAAACGAACUUCUCAACCAAAACUCAUUCCUUCUAACAAUUCAAUAUCUAAAAAUACGGAAGUUAUUUCUUCAUCAAAUAUUGAAUCUAACGAAAAAUCAACGACAAAAACUACAUGGAAUCAAAUUUUUCGUCCUCCAACACCACCACCAUUAUGUUCUGGUCAUAAAGAACAAUGCGUUAUACGUAAAGUUAAAGAUACAUCAUCUAUUAAUUGGGGACGAUAUUUUUAUGUAUGUUCACGGGCUAAUGGUGCUCCGGGCAAUCCACAAGCACGAUGUGAACAUUUCGAAUGGAAAGAAAUCAAGAAAAAGACAAUUUCAAUGAAUUAA